UAGCAUUCAUCCUCAUUCACCACACAAACAAAAUCACAAGCAAUGCCAGGCCUUACCAUCGGAGACACCAUUCCUGACCUUGAUGUUCAAACAACUCAAGGCAGAAUCAAACUUCAUCCCUUCUGUGCUGAUGCAUGGACCAUCCUCUUUUCUCACCCAGGUGAUUUUACCCCAGUUUGUACCACCGAGCUUGGCAAAAUGGCUGAGUAUUCCAAUGAGUUUUCUCAGAGAGGAGUGAAAUUACUGGGUUUAUCCUGUGAUGAUGUGGAAUCUCACAAGGAGUGGAUCAAAGACAUUGAAGCCUAUACUCCAGGUUGCAAGGUGAAUUAUCCAAUCAUCUCUGAUCCCGAGAGAGAAAUCAUCAAGAAACUCAACAUGGUUGACCCUGAUGAGAAAGACUCCACUGGAAACCUACCCUCCAGGGCUCUUCAUAUUGUGGGCCCGGAUCUGAAGAUCAAACUAAGUUUUCUGUACCCUGCAACUACUGGAAGGAACAUGGAUGAAGUGCUGAGGGUGAUAGAGUCCUUGCAGAAGGCCUCUAAGUUCAAAGUUGCAACCCCAGCAAACUGGAAGCCAGGGGAUCCUGUUGUCAUUUCCCCUACUGUAACUAAUGAACAAGCCAAAGACAUCUUCUCUCAAGGCUUCAAGACGGUUGAUCUCCCAUCAAAGAAGGAAUAUUUGCGUUUCACCAAUGUUUGAUUACCAGGAGGCCAACACAACAACCUCUGUUUGUUUGUUUGUUGCCUCUGUUUCUCUGUUUGUUGUUUUGUUUAGGGUUAUAAUAUGUCCUGCAUCAUAUCUUUUUAUUCACUACAGCUAUCUCAUAUCUCCACGGUAUUUGUUUUAAUUUCAACUACUUUGCCCUUUUAAUGACUUC